UCGGUUCAUCAGCUCGACUUGGCUAUUGGUUUAGCUCAGCUCAGCUUGGCUUCUGUCAAUUGUUUGAUACUCGUACGCUCGCAUCGCUUCUCAUCAGCGGUUAUUGGCAACGAUCCGAUCGGAAAAUUCACGGCGAGAUGAACGGCACGUUCACAGAAAUCAUUGCAGAACGAAACAACAAAGCCGGAUUCAAGGAUAAGGCGAUUUAUGGAUAUGGAACAAGCAUUCCACCGAACAAUAAUGAAGAUGAAGAAAAUGACACAUCGACACGGAAGGUGAUCUUUUGUGUUCACGGAAAAUUAUCAGGUUGUUGCACCGUAGUGAGAGGCUCCAUCGAUGAAAAUGCAGUUACUGAUUUCCAACAGAAUAUGACAAUAUCCCCAGAAGAUCAUUGUCACAGGGAGAGGAACGAGGAGAUUGACAAGAAAGCCCGAAAGAAGCUGUUGAUCGCCAGUGCUCUCUGUGUCAUUUUCAUGAUAGCAGAAAUUGUUGGCGGAGUAUUAUCGAAUAGUUUAGCGAUAGCUACUGAUGCUGCGCAUUUAUUAACAGACUUCGCGUCGUUUAUGAUAUCUCUCUUUUCCAUCUGGGUCGCAAGCAGACCGGCCACCAGAAAAAUGCCUUUUGGCUGGUAUCGUGCCGAGGUAAUUGGUGCAUUAACUUCGGUUUUAUUGAUAUGGGUGGUCACUGGAAUUUUGUUCUACCUCGCGGUCGAAAGAAUUGUUCAUAAAGACUUUGAGUUGGAUGCUACGGUGAUGCUGAUCACAUCUGCAGUUGGUGUUGCGGUAAAUCUAGUAAUGGGCCUGUCGUUGCAUCAACAUGGUCACAGCCACGGUGGGCAUAGCCACGGUGGGCAUAGCCACGGUGGACAUACUGACCCGGAAAAUGUAUCCGAUGAUCUCAAAGGAGAAAAUUCGAAGAAGAAUAUCAACGUGCGCGCCGCCUUUAUCCAUGUUUUGGGCGAUUUUAUUCAAAGCAUAGGAGUAUUCAUCGCUGCAUUAGUUAUUUACUUUAAGCCAAGUUGGAGCAUAGUGGAUCCCAUAUGUACGUUCCUCUUUUCCGUAUUAGUUGUCCUCACUACGGUGGCGAUUAUUAAGGACGUAGUCAACGUUCUGAUGGAGGGAAUCCCAAAAGGCUUCGAGUAUUCUCAAGUGGAAAACACCUUUAUGCAAAUAGAUGGGGUCGUUAAGGUGCACAAUCUCAGAAUCUGGGCACUUUCGCUCGACAAAACAGCCCUGUCGGCGCAUCUCGCUAUAAACUAUCGUUUGUUGGAACAGAUCGGCAGGUCGAUUAAAACAUCGAAAAAGAACAUGGAACAAAAGAAGAUCAUAACUCACUCCAACUUGCCAAUGCAUUUAUACAAACUGAGAGCUGCUGCGUACAAGAAGAAAGUACAGUUAUUAUUUAUGCCGCAAGUGUUCACUCGACACAAGGAAAAUACCACAUUUCUCGAGUGGAAAACCAAUGAACUGUUUUGGCGAAUAGAGUGGGUCUUCCCACACGCCGAGAACGCAAAGUGCAUUAUGGAAAAAGUUUUGGACAGUGUAAAAGUAUCAAAACUCGUGCAACAGGUUUUGGAUCCCAUAUCCACCUGCAAGGGCGAAGUCAAUAUCGAAACGUUAAAUGCGAAGUUAAAUUUAUCCGAUACACUACAGUAUUACAGAGCGGCUGGAAUGUCCGAUAUCACAGUCCUUUUGAAAGCCGAAAGAGUGAAGCAAGCGAAAACUAAGUUCUACGAUUUAGAUGUUAGGCUGUCAUUACGAGAAAAUUUGGAGAAUAAGACUAUAGUGGAGUUCCCAACAUUUUACCUGAUCAUGAAAGAACAUUUGUACAUGUUUAAAAUCGUGGAUAGCGACGACGAAAUUGAAAGCCUGGAACCUGGUGGGCCGAGUCAUGAAAAGAAUGAACUAAAAAGGAAAAGCUCCAACGGUUCCCUUAGUUCCAUUAGUUCCAGUAGCAACGAAAAGAUUAAGAAAGGCGAAUCGGUAAAUUACUUUUUCGAUAAUUUUUCGGAAUCUGAUGAUGAGAAGACGGAUGGAAAAUCACAAGAGAAUAAUAAAUUUUCAUCCGCACUGAAGAUACCGUUUUACGAAGACUUGAUUAAAAAUAGUGGACAGUGAAAUUGGUAUCACUAUAAAUUUAUACUUAGAUCAAUUUUUAGUCUUAUUAUAAAUACAUUCUUUUAUUGUAAUUUCGAUAUAUAAUUGAAAUAUAAAUAUUGAUAACGUGUAUAACU